AUGCGUCUCCUCUCUGCAGGUGCUGACCUCUUCUCUAACUGCACAGAGGAGUGCAAGGCCCUGGGCCACUCCGACCGCUGCUGGAUGCCGUCCUUUGUGCCGUCCGAUGGGCGCCAGGGGCCAGACUACCGCAGCAACCUGCACGUCCCCGGCAUGGACGCCACGCUGCCUGAUACUGAGGUACCCUCUUCCGUCAACCUGUCAGACCAACUCACCAUGACCUCGUCCGCCGUCUCGUCCAACGAUAGGUCAUUCUCCACCUUUGGCAAGGACGGUCAGAGGUCACAGUCACACCACAGCCUUCACCAUCACCUCCAUCAGCAACAGCAGCAGUUCAGCUCCACCACGCUAGAGAGGAAAGAGUAUGAUAGGGGGACCCUACCGUACAAACCCACCUUUCUCUCCCACAAAAGGAUUUGCUAGCUCAUUCCACGUCGACCUGUCAGAGACAGCGUGAUUUUCUGUUCCAGACCACCAACACUGAUGCUGGAGGCGGCGACAUAAGACUACAAAACAGCAGCCUGGACAACAGCAACCUUGGUUAAGCUUCAUUAUCUUGGGUGGCGAACUGUAACAAAGCCUUGGCAGUGGUCGCCGAGGGAGGAGAAGAGAACUUAAUACAGAAUAGCUGUAAACCUCUAGAUAUCCGAGGAGCAAUCCAAGGCCUUAUUCCUCUCAGCAGGACUGAGACCAGGGCCCAAACACUCCACAUGUGAAAAUUAUGAAGUCAUCAGCAGACGGAGGAGAGGAACUGAAAUGGACAGAGGAAUACGAAACAAGGAGAGGGAGUGGUAAACUCACUGAGGUGGGUUGUGUUUUGACUGAGGAGCUAGCCUCUAGAGAUCUGUGUGUGCCUGUUUACAUGAAGAAAAAACUAAUGUUUCUGUGCAAACUUCAACCAAUGUCACACGGAACCCUUUAGCUAUUUCUAUGGUCACCACUAAGCCAACUGUACAGAGACUGUGUGGGAGAUAUG